GCACUGGCUUUUCACUCUUCUCGCUGGUGCCAGACUCUGCCUCGUGGGUUGUGGUCUCCUUUUCUCUAUUCGGAUGGAAGAGCUUCUUUGUCGAUGAAAGCCUUUCAAAGUCUUUUUCACUUCCGAACUUUAAAGCUUCUUUUUGGUACUCCUGUUAAUAUUCCUGGAAAAAGUUUUGUUUUUCUUUGUUCUUUUCAAUCGUUAUUUAAAAAUUUUAAAAUAAUAUUAAAAAAAAUGCACGGAGUGAACGAGGUGGUUCAUUUUAGCUCCAUACAAUUCCGACUUUUACCGCACACAUACCCGUCCUUGAAAUGAAACUAGAAGUGGCUAGGACAACGUUUAGAGAAAUCAGCAGCAAAAUGUUUUGCAUUUUGUGGUCCAAUGCCGGUGGUGCUCUGCAUUAUAUUUCGUCGAUGUUGAUUGACCAUGACGAUUGUACUUGUCUCUUGCAAUCUACGCAUAGUCCAGAUGAACACUCGGCCUUUACCACGUUAGUCUUUCGAUCAAAUCUCUCGAUUUAAACGCUACGAGUAAUUACCGUAGUCUUACAGUGAUGAACUUUGCUUGUCUCCCGCGUGACACUUACUUGCUCCGUCGUUUCAAAUCCUAGGCCGAGGUUUGGCAGAUCGUACUUCCGACUAGUUGGUCGUAUACUUCCGGAUGAUUCUAUUGUUAAUGGCUGUAACGACUAUGAUGGGAGGGUUGCAACUUAGAUUAUGUCCUUGUGCGGAUUGUUGAUCAUAUCGCUGAAAGGAGCGUAUGUCGUCGCAGCCUCUUUUUUUACCGAAGACGUGUCGUUCGUUGGUAUUAAUUUGUCUGCUUGGAAAUCCUAUGGAAUUCGAGCGUCGGCAGUUGCCAGAAAUUUUAUGGAUAUCUUUCUCUAUGUACUUGAGGAAGCUUUUUCCGCUCAUUGAAGAUUACGGUUUGGAUGAAUAGCCAGCUGCGUGUCAUUUCUUCGGAUUACCAUGCACAUCUGUUUUAUGUACAUUGUCCUACUUACUAAAUCGACAAGAUCGUUGUGAACUCGGACAUCCUUGUGGCAGUUUGUAAUCACUAGCAGUGAUUUCUAUUUAAAGAGAAUCGUUUAAUCCAUUGGCAUGCACUGAGGAUCACUGUCAGAUACUUGUCUCUCCAAAAUUUCUGAUCACGUUUUUGAGUAGCUUACUCGUUGCCAGACUUUUGUUUUGGUCAAGUGUACGGUCAAUACACCGCGUUUAUAAAACAUUGGAUGUGUGCGUUCUUUGGCAUCUGCGUUAUCCAUGUGGUUAAGGAAGAAGGCUAGGAGUGAAUCUGGACUCGAUAUCAUUCGUCAUCGAUUUUUGCGUUUGAUAGAUUGAUUGGAAGAGGAAUGACAGAAGUUACUGAUGGAAAUCCAGUAACAAUGACAGCAACGAAAGAUAUCCCAUCAUCAGAUAGACCGGAGGGCUUCGUGUCGUCGGGACAGUCUUCUUCCCUAAACACUUCUGUGGAUGUUAUAUCGAAGAUUUCAGUAGAAAUAGUAGAGGCAAAGAUACAGGGUGAAGAUGCUUUAUCUGGAAAGGCCUACUUGGAAUCAACUGGAAAAGCUGCAGCGGGUCAUGAUGAGAUAGUUCUUUCUUCAGAGAAACUAGAAAUGUCUGUUGGAGCAGAUGAUUUGAGAGCAUCUUUUGGUGAUGCGCAUCAGGAUUUGCAGGUUAAUAGGGACAGUUCUGUCGAAAAAUCAGUUUUGGAUUCUUCGAAAGAGAAUGUCACCAAGGAAUUAUCUGCUAUAGGAACAUCUGCGGCCAGCAGCAUUACUCCGGGAACACAUGCUGUAAAUAUGUCUACUGUGGAGUCUCAUGCUGCAGAAAAAUGUAACGUGGAAACACACUCAAUGGAAACUCCUAACCUGGAAACACAUGGCGGUGAAACACCUACAGUAGAACAGCCUGCUAAGGAAGUAGCUCUGAAGACGGAUCCGAAAGAGGAGGUGGCUCCCUUAUUUGGUAGUAUACCUGCUCAAGACGUGGUCCAGGGUGCGAUUCCUGAUGCAAACAAAAUGGAUACAGAUUCGGAGGGUGCCAUGCUGAAAUAUAUGCCCAAAAAUGAAGUUGGAGGGGAACAAGAGUCAUCACCUAGUUCAUUGAUGAACGAAAGGCUGAACGUUGCAUCACCAUCUACCUUGGUAAAAGAAUCACCAUUGAUCGGGACCCAUUUCACCAGUUCACAACCUCUCGAUGGGAGUGAGGGUCUUCAAAAUGGGGAGACAAGGAUGGACGAAGUAGUGUCUGUUACGAACCAUAUCAUCACUUCAUCCACUAUUGCUGCAACCAUAUUGGAAAACGAAGUUAACAGUAAAAAUGGUGAUACUACUGGGAAGACUGUGGACGAGACUGCCGAGAAGCUUGCAGACAAAAUGGCCAACAGAAUGGUAAAUCAGUUGGCCGAUGGUGUGGCGGACAGAAUGGCUGAUGCCAUUGCCGACGAGAUUGCUGAUGAGAUCGCUGACAGAAUGGCUGAUGAAAUUGCCAAUAAGAUGGCGGACGAGAUGGCUGAUGGCAUGGCAGAUGAAAUUGCGAAUAAGAUGGCGGACAGGAUGGCAGACGAAAUGGCCGAUAGGUUGGCAGACGAGAUGGCUGAUAGAAUGGCGGAUGAAAUGGCGGAUAGGAUGGCGGACGAAAUGGCCGAUAGGAUGGCAGAUGAAAUGGCAGCUGAAAUGGCUGAUGAGUUGGCUGAUGAAAUGGCAGAUGAAGUAAUUGAAGGAGUUUAUAGUAGGGGUGAAAGAGCCCAAGAAAACGAGAGGAUGGAUGAUGGAGAAACUCACGAAGUUGGUGACAUGGAAGAAGAACAAAUGGGCGAUGACGGAAACAAGGAGAUGGACGAUGUUGAUUAUGAAGACGAUGAAGGGACUCCAGAUGAGCAAAUGUUGUUCGUAGAAGAGCUAGAGCGGUUCUUUAAGCAAAGAAAUUUGGAGUACAAGCCCCCUAAGUUCUAUGGACUGGAGCUGAAUGUUUUGAAGCUUUGGAGGGUAGUAUCCAGAUAUGGUGGCUAUGACCAAGUUACAGUCAGCAAGCUUUGGAGGACAGUUGGUGAAGAAUUUAAACCUCCCAAGACCUGUACUACAAUUUCAUGGUCGUUUCGAGGCUUUUAUGAGAAGGCCCUCCUGGAUUAUGAGAGGUUCAAGACUGGCGUUUCCGCCCCUGACAAUGGGCAAAGGGCAAUUCAAACACCCGGUUAUUACCUGACAAAUGAUCAGCGAACGGCAUCUCCUGCUACCCCGUCUUCUGACCCCAAUGCGGGUGGAACACCAGGAUCAGGAUCUGGACGUGCACGUAGAGAUGCGGCAGCACGGGCAAUGCAGGGGUGGCAUUCGCAGCGCAUGGGCAAUGGGGAUUCGAAAGAGCCUACCUCAAAAGAAAAAAGUUCUGGUGGGAAGCAUGUCAAGAAAGAAAGAAAGUUAACCAACAUAGGAGGGAAUGGGCUGAAGCGAAAAGGAUCAAAUACGGUUCUUGAAAGGGCUGUGAAAGCUGUUCAAGCUCGAGGAAGACCUAGGUUAUUCGAAGAGAGUCCUCCAAGUAAUUCUGCAGUAACCGGUAAAAGAAGUAUGAAGCAACAGGAUUCUGGAAGACGUCCUGUGAAGGUUGCUAAGCUGGAUGGUCCAGUAGGUGGUUUUGAUCCUCCGAUUGUUGACGAGGGUCCUAAAGCUGAUUGGGUCAAAAUCAAUGUACAUAAACAUCUAGAUUGCUUCGAAAUUUAUGCACUGGUUCCUGGGCUAGCACGUGAGGAGGUUCGGAUCCAAUGUGAGCCUGGAGGCAGGCUAGUGAUUGCUGGGAUGCCCGAGGAUCCAGAAAAUCCCUGGGGUGUGACUCCUUUCAGAAAAGUCAUAAGUUUGCCUUCUCGAAUUGACGCUCAUCAAACAUCAGCGGUGGUCACUCUCUACGGCCAGCUCUACGUGCGAGUUCCCAUUGCUGAGGACAAGUCAUCUUAGUGCAAAGAUAUGCACAGGCAAACUUUCAUCUCACCCACUCUUGAGAACAGAAUACUGCCAAGAGUAAGAAACCUAAGGAUGACAUUUGGCAAUUGCUCCACGUUCUCUGCCUGUCAAGUGAAGGAAUGCUUGUUAAUUAUUUCAUCUAUUAUUGCUUGGGUUUGGGCGUACCACCCCUGGAUAGAGAAUGUUUACUUGGGUGAGAAUCGAUGUAGCAGGUUUCUUGUGUAGAACAUGUUUCUCAAGUUAGGUCUAAGGCAAUUAUCUUGCACAGAAAGACGCUUUUAGCAGGGUAGGAGCUUGUAAAGGCAAUGCCACUUGCUGGUAUAUGCACUCAAAUCUGUCAGAGGUAACAACCCGUCCUUUCAUUUGCCUCCAAUCUUUUUGUUUGGUUUAGAAUAAUCUGGGUGUCAUUUUUGCAGUGCUUAGCCUUGGUGGUGGAUCCCUUGGAAACAUGCAAUGUUUUUCAGCCGAGGAGUGUAUCUGGUCAAGUGCGCAUUCACGCACGUUGUAAGCUUUAUGCGUAAUAAGAACCAAGAGGAAUCUUACAAAGUCCGCUUACUGAU